AUGGCUUCCAAAUUGGUUUUAGAUGGGUUUUGUGUCAGCCAGACAUUGGAUAAAAGAACGGAGAUCUCGGAGAUGCUGAGCGCCACCGAGGCGCAUGUCAGCUUCUCUCGAAUUCCAGCAGAAUUCGAGCCCUACUAUAUGGGCCUGGAAAGCAAGGAGAGACAUGCUUUGAUAGAUUUCGAAGAGUGCUCCGAUGAAUUAACACGGAUCUUUAGCGAUGCAGACACGAGACUCACGCGCCUUGGUGACAGCGUUUCCGUGGCUUUGAGGGAGAAGCUCGGGACCCGGAUAACCGGAAGAACCAACCUCAUGGUCCGGCAGAGCUUCUCCAACUCGGACGAGGAGGCAAAGUGUCAGCCGGUGGACCAUCCAGGCAGCAGCGAGCGGGAGAUGUUCAUGAGCCUGGUCAAGCGGCGGAGAGUCUGUGUGAUGCACUUUCUGGGGCCUCGCACUGGCAAGCUCAGACUGAUCUCCCGGCACGGAGGUCAGGAGGUUGAGAUCGAGGCCUCGCCCGGUAAGAUGGUCCUCUUUAUGACCGAGCGCUUCCAGUACAGCCACACAUGCGAAGGUAGAACAACAACCCUCCAAACUUGGUUGCUGGGCCAACGGCCAGAGUACUACAUGCAGAGCUUUGGAGGCGACCUUUCGGUCCUGGCGCCCAUCGCUGAGAAGGGGAUUGAUCCGCCGAAGGGUGAAGGUGUGGUGGUCACGGGCGUGGCAACUCAGAUUGGUGGCGACUCAAAGGACUGGUUGGGGUCUGGGUGA